UGUCUCCCUGAAGCUGGGAAAUGGCCGUGAUGGGAAUUGCAUGCCAGGGAUCUCCUGAUCCAGCAGUCAAACACAAAAAGGAGCUCACAGCUGCUGAGGGGCUGAAGGAGACAGUGAGUGAAAAGCAAAGCAGUGUUUGCAAAGUAGAAGAUUCAAAGAAGGCCAUCUUUGACAGUCAGUGGAAAAUCCUGAAUGAUGUAAUCACCAGAGGAACAGCAAAAGAAGAAACAGAAGGAGGCUGUGCAUCAAUUUCUAUUAUUGCCCAAGCAGAAUGUGAAAACAGUCAGGAGUUCAGCCCCACUUUAUCAGAGAGAUCCUUUAUUGCCCACAGUAAACGUUACAGCAGCCGCUCGGACAGCCUCGAUCACAUCCCCAACAAUGUGGCCCACGCCACGGAGGGCAGGAUGGCUCCCACCUGGAGAGGGAGGCACCGGGGCAGGGCCAGGAAGAAAAGGCACAAGAAAAGAUCCAAGCUGAAAGGACAACCUGUGGCUGCUGGCAGGAGGAGUCCAAGAACUCCAGAACAGGAGAGCUGCACCCCAAUUCCUGUCCAGGAGGAUGAAUCCCACCAAAGCACUCUUUACAGAAACAGUUUUUGGGUUCCUGAAUUUAACAAGGACUUGGGCUAUGAUCCACUGCCUUUUGAGAAGCCUGCCCAUGCCCCUUUGUCCAUGGGCAAACUGCAUUCCCCAAGGAGCCAGUACAAAACUGAACUGCACAAGCUGAUCAGCCCUAUUCAGUGCCUUAAUCAUGUUUGGAAACAGAGGGACACUGUUCCUCAGCCUGAGACUCUCCAUCCUUUCCCCUACAACAUCCUUCCCCCCCAUUUCCCACACGUGGACAAUCCUCUCCGUGCCAUGAAGCAGAAUGCUCUGGACAAAUACUUCCAUGGUGACCUCAACUAUCAAGACAGUCACUUAUCUGGCCUAAACUUAGAAUAUAAUUUCACCAAAUGCAUCAACCAGUCUGUGCAAACCAGUGCUGACAAACUUUCUGUGGAAGAAUAUUUGGUAGAUGCCUUGAAGGGGAGCGUGAGUUUUGGAGAACCACAAAAUUUAGCCAGCCUGGCCAAGACAUGGAGAGGAGGUGGGCUGGAGCUGAAGGAACAAUUCCAUGAAGCAAGUGAAAAUGAAGGAGUGCUGCUGAAUGAGAAGCUGAAGCCGGUGGAUUACGAGUACCGAGAAGAAGUUCACUGGACCAAGUGCCACGGUUCCCUGGGCAUUGGCUCUUUUGGGGAGGUCUACAAGAUAGAGGACAAACAGACAGGAUUCCAGUGUGCUGCCAAAAAGGUGCAGCUGGAACAUUUCCGUGCCGAGGAGCUGACGACGUGCGCGGCCGUGAGCAGCCCCAGCGUGGUGCCCCUGUACGGGGCUGUCAAGGAGGGUCCCUGGGUCACCAUCUUCAUGAAGCUCAUGGAGGGUGGCUCAUUAGGGCAGCUCAUUAAACAGAGUGGCUGCCUGCCCGAGGACAGAGCCCUCAGCUACCUGGGCCAGGUCUUAGAGGGUCUGGAGUAUCUUCAUGCUCAAAACAUUCUCCAUGGAGAUGUCAAAGCUGAGAAUGUGCUGCUGUCAGCAGACGGGAGCAGGGCCCUCCUGUGUGACUUUGGCCACUCUGCUCACCUGCACCCAGAUGGGCUGGGAAAGUGCUUGGUCACAGGGAACUACGUGCCUGGCACAGAGACCCACAUGGCCCCCGAGGUGGUGAUGGGGAAGCGCUGUGACUCCAAGGUGGACGUGUGGAGCAGCUGCUGCAUGAUGCUGCACAUGCUCAAUGGCUGCCACCCCUGGACCCAGUACUACAACCACCCUCUGUGCCUCAAGAUCGCUAAAGAGCCGCCUCCUGUGAGGGAAAUUCCACCUUCCUGCAACCCUCUCACUGCUGAGAUUAUAAAGCUGGGGCUGGAGAAGGAGCCUCUGCACAGGGCAUCUGCAUCAGAGCUCAAAACUAAAACCAGCGUGGCACUUGAGGAAGUGGGAGGUGUGAGAAGCCCCUGGAAAGGUGAAUACAGAGAGCCCAGACAUUUCUCUUUGAACAAAGAAAACAGUGCACAAACAUCCCUGUCCCCCACAGUGAGCCCAGUUUCUGAGAUUGCUUCUGACCCAAAACUGUCAGUCAAAGUUUCCUGUGGCAGCUCAGUCCUCCCACCUCCAUCUCUGGAGCAAACAGAGGAGGCUGAGGGACCCCACUGGAAUGAGGACAAGGAGUUACCUGAAACCUGUGAUCCCCCACCCCUCUCCUCAACUCCUCUGCCCCUGAAGAGCUGCAGCCACGUGGAAAGAGCCACAACCAUUUCAGAGCAAGAACUUCAGCAGCUGGAAAUUGAACUGUUUCUGAACAGCCUUUCCCAGCCUUACUCUCUGGAAGAGCAGGAGCAAAUGCUUUCCUGCCUCAGCAUUGACAGCCCCUUUGUGUCAGAUGCCAGUGAGAAGAACUCCAUGAAGGCUUCUCAGAGCUUGAGGGACACCAUGAGCUCUGGGAUCCAUUCCUGGAACAGCCAGGCCGAGGGGCAGAGCUGCAGCUGGAACAACCUGCUGAGCCGCAGCCGGCACACGGACACCCCCAGCUGCUUCAACGGAGUGAAAAUCCAGAUCCAGUUGCUAAGUGGAGAAAAUUUGCACAUCAGAGAUUUCCACAGGACAAAGGUGGGAGACAUUGCCACGGGGAUCAGCAGCCAGAUCCCCGUGCCCGCCUUCAGCCUGGUGACCAAGGAGGGGCAGCCUGUGCACUACAACAUGGAGGUGCCUGACUCUGGCAUCGAGCUGCAGUGCACCCUGGCCCCCGACUGCAGCGUGGGCUGGGCCUGGCGCGUCAAGCACGGCCAGCUGGAGAACAGGCCCUGAGGCCCUGCCUGCUCUGGAGCUUUGCACCUUGUGAAAGGAGGGAUUGCAGAAGCUUCUGACCUCCCCUGCCGUGGAGCACCAAGUGCAGUGGCUGCUGGUUGUGCUGCAGCAGGAUCACAGCUCGCUGCCCUCGCUGCUGUUGGCUGCUCUGAUCCACUUCCAAGACGUGUCCUGAGCUUAGACAUUCCCCAGGACAGUGGGAAUUCCUUGUUUUGGGUGUGUUAGAGCUUGAGAAUGGUAGGUGGAGAUUCCUCACUUUUCAGAGGGAGGAGGUUGCGCUGUUCAGGAGAGCAGGGCCACGAGGACUCUGCUCCUGCUCCAAGGUGAGGUCGGUCGUGGCUGGGCUUGCCCAGAGGAGGAGCUUGGGUGCCCUCAGUGUUGUGCCAAGGGGAGCUGGCUGACUUCCUUCCAGCUGGAGGAAAAAACAUUUCUGUAGGCUCUGGGGAGCAUCAUCUCCACCUCAAGCCUUUAGCAUGGGGAGGAUCCACAGCAGUCACUGGCUGGCUCUUGGUUUCACCUCCCACCCUUCCCCGCGGUCGCUUCAUUCUUGAAUGAGAAAAGAACUUUGUUCCCAGAAAGAGCUUUGCUUGCAGCUCCCACCUGCAGGGCUCAGAGGAGCUGCUGCUCUCUCUGGUGUCCCUGGCAGGCAGGGCAGGAGAAGGGUACAGAAUUCCAUGGAGGGGUUGUUCCUCCAUCCUGUUCCCACCUCUGAGGUGGGACUUCAGGUGUGCUGUUAAGGGACAUCAGCUCUGUCAGCUGUGACAGGGCUGAAUUUUAUUGCAGAGUUUAUAAAAAUCUCCCUCCCAGCUCCCAGUCCAGCCCAGUGCCCCAGUUCUGUGAGCUCAGUCUGGCUUCCCACUCCUCCCCUCACUUCAGCCUGGGUUCACUGAGUGGGACGGGCAGCUGGGCCUGCAAUGCCUUAAGCUUUAAACUGGUUUUUUUUACUGAUUUAUGAAUGUUUGGAACACACUGAAACCUCACAGGUUAAUUCAGGUGGGUGGGUGUUGUUCACCCUUCUCCACCCCAGAACAGAUCCCAGGGGAGAUGUGAGCUCCCAGUGUGUUUGCUCAGGGCUGUGCUGUUCCAGGCCUGGCACACCUGGAAAUCACAAUCCCUCCCUCUGGCUGUGCCUCUCCCAGAGCUCUGAGGCUGCAGCUCCCAAAUCCAAGGUGGGCUCUGCCAGGUCUGUGCUGCUCUGGGAGACACCAUGGGGCAGCAAAGUGUUCCCAAGGGAAGUUCACUCAGAAAAUAGCUGGGAAAAGCAGAACUCUGAGCCUCCCUUUUUGGGGAGCAGCACUCCUUAAACAAGGGAUGCUCCUUCCCUUUGGUCUCCCAGAGCAUGGGCUGGUUUUGCUCCACCAGACAGUGACAUCCCUGAUCAGAAAACUCAAGUUUGUAAUAAGAAAGUGGAACUCAUGAAGAAAAAUGAAACCUGUCACCACUUUGGGUAUCAUUUUUAUAGCACUUUUUGUUCUAAAGCACUUAAUACGUUGUCCAAAAUAGGCACCUAAUUAUAUCUACUAUGCCACAUUCAGAGUCUUUUCAGUAAAUAAUUAACACAUUAUGCACAUGUCUUCCAGGAGGGAGUGGGGAAGGGGGGGUUGGCUCCAUUUCUUUUUUCAGAUGCCAUAAAUUACUCAGAGUUUAAGCUCUGGAGCAGGAGGGAUCAAAGGAGGGAUCCUCUUCCAGGACUCCCAAGCACAGGUUCAGUGGAUCCCUGGAUCCUUUCCUGAGCUUGCUCCAAGGGGACAGGAGGAAAACUUUGUUGUUUUUUUGAGUGUGUGGUGGUGUGUCAGUCCCAAAGCAUGGUGGGUUCCAUCCCAAAGGCUGCACCUUGUGCCUCUGUCACCUGGGGGGUGCUCCCAUGUCCUGGUGUCCAGUUCCAUGCCUGGGCAUUGGGAGUGAGCCCUGGAGCAGCAGGGA